AUGCAGGCCUCAAGCCCCCGAAUAAACACUGCCUGUUAUCGCUGUUACAAACGUAAAGUAAAGUGCUCGCGGGAAAAACCAUGUCGGAAUUGCCGCCUCGCAAAUCGCGACUGCGAGUAUCCCAACCGAGACCGCAAUGUCUCCGUUGCUGAGAGUUAUCUUCGCAGCCUGGAGGCCAGAGUUGCAAAUAUUGGACAUGGUAUCCCGGCUGGCCAUCCUCCGCUUACUCCGGUGGAUGUGAAUCUCGCACCGAGCACAGAACCCCAAGUCGUUGGUAGCAAUCUAUCAGACCCGCUUGUCGAAGACCCGACGUCGGAGGUAUUUGUCUCUGGCUUGAAGCAACUGCAUUCGCCGACCAUUGUGCUCGCUGGACCUGAAUUCCCUACGGUUGGGGCUAGUCCGUUCAUUGAGACCCAGUCUGUACAGCGGCAGGCGUAUGAGUACUACCAUCUCGACUCUGAUACCUUAAAUCCUCCCUGCUCUUUCAAACUUCCGCCAUACCCGUACGCCCUCACCCUGCUAGACCGGUUCGCCGUGUUCAUUGGUCAUGAUUGGCAUUGGUUCAAACGAGAGACGUUCCGGAGGAGGCUCGAGCUUACAUACAAAGACCCCAAAGCAAAGGAACUAACUGAUAGACUCUGGCUAUGCCGCCUGCUUGUUGUAUUUGCGCAAGGGGAGACCUACAACUCUGAGUUAGCGCCAGAGAUCCGACUGGGAGAUGGAGCUACUCCAGAUACAUCAACAAAUAGUGAUAGCCAGGUAGCACCAGGAACGGAGUUCUUUGAACAGGCGUUGUCUCUUUUGAAUGUUCGCUAUGAGGACCCUUCCAUCGAGCAGGUCGAAGCGCUGAAUCUGGUGGCCUUUUACUCCUACAGUCUGAAUCGGAAAAAGGCAGCAUACAUGUACGCGGGAUUGAGUGUUCGAAUGUCCAACAUGCUAAAAUUGCAUAAACCGUCCUCGCCAACGUCAGAGGUGGAACAUCGCAAGCGAAUCUGGUGGACAACGUACUGCAUUGAUCGGAUGACAAGCACCGAGAUGGGCCUCCCGCCUGCUUUCCAGGUUCAGCAAGUAGAGCAGACAUAUCCUGAUGAUUCCAUGCUCUCUCCAGAGGAAGCCAAAGAGUUUUAUGAUGCCGAGACAUUGACGACACAGGUCCAACUGGCGUUUAUCCACGCCGAUAUCUGCGAGAAUAUGCGGAGUAUCCGGAAAGACAACACGACAAAUGUCGGCGAUCUAACUCGGUCCAUUCUCCAUAGACUGGAAGAAGUGCGAGCACGCCUGCCACCGCGCAUGUCGUUCAAUGUGGACAACGGGAUGCCACCGGCAAUGAAACAAAUGCCCGAUCGAUGUCUGGCGUCAGUCUACCAGCGAUAUCACCAGUGUUUUGUCCUCCUUCUACGCCCUCUCUUCCUCAAACAAAUCAGCUACCUCCUCGCCGGCGACACAGUGAAAGCAUACCAAGACGACCUCAAAUUCCUCACAAACACCUGUCUCCGAGCAGCGCGAACAAACCUGAAAAUAAUAAUCGAUCUGCGCGGCUGCGAGCGAAUGACCCGCUUCGGUUUCUGGGAAAGCCUGCAUCUCUUCUCGGGUCUUAUGAUACUCUCUCUGGCUAUGUCAGUGAAUUCGCGGUGGCCUGGCAGUUGCGAAGAAAAGUCCGAUGAUAGGGAUACAUAUGACACGGCGAAGCAGCUUCUCGACGAAAUGAUCAACGCUGGGAACCUUGGAUCGAAGGGCCACGGGCAGAUGCUGGCAGAUGUAGAGGCGUUUCAGAAUGGACUCUUCACUGUGCAUCCUGGGGCUGUUGACUUCCAGUGGGAUGUUGACGAGUGGAUUAACCAGUUGCUGGGGGCGUAG